AUGUCUUCCAACACCAGCUCUACCAAUUCCGAAGUACCCUCUUCCUCUAUUGGAUUGCUAACCGUUCUCUUAGAAACAAUAACAACAAGGAUAAUCAGGGAUUAUCGAACCAGGGAUGACACCAUCCAAGAACUCAUUAACGGCCUCGUUACCGAGGCCCGAAUUACCAAAGAAAGACCAAGACAAGGGUCUGAAGGCCUGGGCCAGACAGGUCUUGUUCAAGAAAAGGAGGAGGGAUCCCUCCACGGAGCCCCACCAAUCCCAACCCCCGGCGCUGACUCCACCGACGCAUUGGUGGAAAAAGAAGAGGUCGAGCCGUGGGGGAAGGAGCUCGAUGAAGAGCACCGACAGUUGGCUGGACUUGGCCGACCAACAGGAUGGGGACCUUCUCCAUCAAAACGACCACCACAGGGCCGAAAAUGGCCCUCAGGAACAGAAUGGGAUGAAAAUCCCGAAAACGACCCCUAUGCCCCAGAUCGCUGGGACGAACCGAGGAAUGAUCAGGAUCGACGUACCGAUCCUCGAUCAACAGGAGGCAGCAGGCCUGCCAGAGGACGAAAGUGGCCCCCAGGGACCGAAUGGAACGAGGAUCCCAAGGACGACCCCUACAAGGGUGACCGGUGGGAUACCAUCGACGAAGGAGAGAACGGUCCAAAUGGACCCACAGCCAACAAAUCAGGGAGCAGUAGCUCCCUGGCAGAUGAUGAGUCCCACGACUGGACCAUCAAGGCAAGGAUGGCAACGCGGCCAUCACCUCAGAUCAGCAAUCGAACCCUUCGAAGGUUCUUGCACAAGAAGCUCACCACCUUCUUCCUCAACGGAGACUUCCUUAAGGAAGGGACCCCCCCCUCUUGGGGGUCCCAUACUGGAGAGACCCCAAGGAUCCCCAAGGCCAAUAUCGGCCUGAGGAAGGAAGGAGAAGUGGAAAGGGAAGGGGGUUUUUCUCCCGAAAGUAAUCAGGGGACGGCCAACGCACUGGUGGACUCGGCCAGACAUGCCCGAAGCGCGGGAUGCCGGACCGUUUAUCAUGUGUUGCCUGUCACGGGGCAAUUGGGCCUCACAAUCAGGCCGAGACCAGCACAUUCUCUUCCUCAAGCCCAAUUGUGCCAAGAAACUAAAUGGCCCUUUCCCUCGACUCCUCUAGCCCAAAUUUCACUCGCGAGUUUUUUAAACUCUUCAUUGCCAUUAUCGGAAUACUGGUCGUCUUAUUGGUGCUCGUACAGCUCUGUCGUGGGCACCAAUCAAUUAUCGCCUGGUCUAUCCGUCAUUAUCAUGAAUUCCAACGCAUCCGCCAUAUCUUACGAAAUGUUACACCGGACCUCCCUCUUCAUCACAUCCCUCCUUCCACUCGACCUUCGACGUCCCGACAGCCCGACCAGCCGGAAGGAGUCGACCCCGAGGAUGUCUCAGGAAGAACGUCUUCGGAACACCCGAUGGAAGAAGAGGAACAGGCCCAACAGCACAUAUACCCCCCACAACCCCCGCCGGCAGUCAUUCGAAAUGAAGGAAACCCUUGAGCAACAGGGUUUCGACGUCCCAGGUCUCACACCCCCGUCCGGCCCGUCCAACACAGCAUCCGAGCAGCAAGGACAGCAACCCUCAUCCCUGGCACUAGACACAGCUCGAGGAUCCCACCACACGGUGUCGACAUCAGGAAGGGAUGCCGACCACUGGUCAGAGGUCAACCGGCCAGUACAACGACCUGUUCGGAACUUCGCUGCAGACUUCGCCAAUCAGGCUGCCAGCGACCAGGAAAUUUACAGGGAGAAUGACCUCUUCGGCAGGUAUCUCCGGGCACGGGAACAGGAGCAGAGGAGAAGAGAAGCGGGGAGCGUUAGUGCGACCACUUUGGUCAACACCAGUACCAUCAACUCCCCACUGCCAUUACCCACCCCCUUCGGCACCGAAUCAGACCCAUGGGCGUCCACCGUCGACAUCAUCAUCUUCAGCAACGACGUCCCCAGACAGGAAGAGCUCGACGCUGGGGACAGACCAAGCAGGAGCCUGGGCGAGAGUCUUCUCCUCGCCCCGGCCCAGAAGACGCUGGACCAAGCACCCGACCACCAGACCACUAGACCGACAACAUACGACCUGGCCGACAUUUCCCUCCUCGAGGGGGAAAUGUGGGACCAGGACGACGAGAUAGGCGGCGAGGUGGGCGACAGGGAGGGAGAUUCAAUCAGGGAGGUCAGGGACCUUCCCUUUGAAUCUGAAGAAAGACAGCAUAUAAGGGAGGAUUUACAGUAUGCGGCCGGGGGGGCCAUUUUUACCUAUGAUCAACGAUUUUUGCAGUACGAAACAGGGCCGACACAGCCGGACGAGCCGAGGCAUGGCAAAAGGACAGCAAUCAAGCCAUGGGGGCCAAACGUUCAACCCCCGGAAUCGGCAUUCACGGCAAUAACGGCAUCAUCUCGGCACCUGCAUAACACUUGCACCUUUCCCGGAACGGCAUCUCGGCAGGACCAAAAUCAAUCACAGGCAAUUCGGCAACAUCUAGAACCAAGGAAGCUGCCGACGGAACCACGACCACCUGCCGAACAGCCGCCACCAUACACGGAAACCAGUAGCAUCGCCCAAGGAUGGGCGCAUGCACCUGACAUGGAAAUCCCGACCCCGACAGUUACCAUUCCUGACAUCUACCAACAACAGAUGAUGGAACACAAACUAGCAGGAAAAACGGCUACCGAUUACUUCACAACAUUGGAACGACUCGGUACACUGGCUGGGGUACGGGAUGACAUCACCGACACAGGAUACAUGGUCGAAUGUAUCAAGAUGGGGCUACCACCCAUCUACCUCAUGGCAAUCAAAGAACAGUGUAUCCCGGAUGGUUACGACGAAUGGAAGGGCCGAACCAUCAAGAUAUACGAAGAACGAAAACGACAAAGGGCCGAGGCGAUCGCCAUGGCAUACGGCCACGGGAUCCAGGAGCCCAAAUAG